AUGCGGCGGUGGAAGAGGCAAACGAAACGAAUAACCACGAACCACAAACCACGGGUCAUGGCCGCGACGGCCGACGGCGGAGUGUGCGAGAUCAAGAUGGAUGACAGCGGCCGCCUGACGCACAUCUGGUGGCAAACGAGAGAGCAGCCUUUCAUGGACGAGUUCAGAAGCUGCUUCAGCUGCAUGAUGGACGGAAGCCAAUCUCCCAUCUCGGGCAAGCGAAAGGACGUGGAUAAUGCCCUGCUGGAAGAUGGACCGGGCUCACAGAAGAGGUUGAAGCGGCUUUUAACGCAAGAAUCAGAUCUGAAGGUGUACGAGGCCAACAUUCAUGACAUGAUGAAGCAAAUGCCAGCGCAGCGGGAGAGGCGAAAGAAAGAUUUUGAGAGGGUGCUCACGCUGUUCGCCAGUGACAGCCUUGCCAAGGACAGAAGAAACAAGGUGUUCGAGUACUUCGACAAGGCCGUGACGAAGGCGAAUUGUUUCCAGGUCAAGGAGGUCUAUAGCGUCAGCCAGGACCUUCUGUCUGUGCUGGACGAGGCGAGGGAGACCCUGGAGCUGCUGGUGAACUGGUGCGACUUGUGUUUACCAGCAAACGAGCAAGCAUUCGCAGAAGCACACCGCAUCAAGAUCCAGCACUUCCAGGAUUACUUGAGCGCCGGGUUGUCCUCUGUGGUAUCGGAAACUGCCGAUAUCAACACGCAGCUGGACAAGCGUGCACAGACGCUGCGGUCCCUCUUCAGCACGAAAGACGUUCUUCCUGAGAACCAAGAGGGCUGGUAUCGGUUGCACCGCGAGAUGCUCGUUCACCACGAGGUGAACGCCUAUUUGUCGGCCGCCACGAGCUGGGAAAAGCUGCUGGAGGACUACUUGUUGUAUUACAACUACUACAAGAUGAACCUGAAGGAUAGCACCAUCGUCUUCCAGAGUGAGGGCAAAGGAGGGGGCAACGACUACUUUGGCUAGGCCGCGUCCUGCCGGGCUUCCACCACCCGCAAGAAGACCGCCAGAUUGCGUGGUGUGAGCUGACCGACUACGGAGAAUGGUUCGCACCUUCGGUCGCAACGCGCGCCCCACCUUACAACAAGUGGUCGGUGGGGUCGGUGCCUGAUUCCUGUUGGUAACGUGAGUAACAGAAGGCACUGCUUUUGGGGUUUUUUAAAUAGUAGGCCGGGUGUAAGCCCGGCAUCAACCGAAGCAUCCUUCCUUUCUGUCGGCGGUUUCGAAAGAGCAAGAGGGAAAUAAAGUAUUUGUGGCAACCUUGAAGGCGUUAAGGGGCUUUUAGGAGGUAACCUCAACCCCGGGGGUCUUUGUGGAUGACAAUACAGCAGUGUUGAGUGGAUGCGAGAAGUAGGCUUGGUGAAGCUGGAGGUCGCCUCCCCAGUUUUCCUGUCAUGUUGUAAGGCUGUGCGCGUGCUUGAUCAGAGACGGUGUAGAUCAAAGGUUUGGCUUUCAGAUCUGGGCUCUGCAGGUUGUUCAGGGUUCCCCCCUGCUGCCGCUCGCGCUCUCGGGUAGUGCCGUCCAGGGAGGGCUAGGUCCUCGUGGGCGGAAAUCAUCACCGGUAGCCAGCCUACUCUUCCUUGCGGUUCUUUUGUCUGCGUGGGUGGGUUUGAGUUUGAGGGGAAAUCUCUGUGAGGGGGCACUUAAUGUCCAGGUUCCGCCUCUUCUGUAAGCCAGGUUGUAGCGUGGAAUAAAGGGUAGCCGCGAGAACUUGUAGAGUAGAUAGUUGGGCUCCUUAUUCUCGCACCGAGAUUACGAGGAUAUCUGGCUGAUUGUUUCAAAAUCUUGCCAGCUCUUGGAAGGAAUCUUGGAUUCGAGAAUUUCCAACUAGCGGGGUGUGUAUGUUCGACAAGAGUUGUAGCUUCCCUUGAAAAUGUGCCAUACGACACAAUUUACUCCCAUACGCUCC